AUGAUACCAAUCGGUCUCUUAUCGAUGACCAGACAUAACGUUCCGAUGGAUAACAGCCGCAAAAAUGUCACUCAAUGGCAGAUAAUCGGUGUCUGGAAUCCAAGCGAACCGCUCUUCGAAGUGUUAAACACAGAGACGCCGCGAGACACACGAGUCUACUUCACGAUAGCCGUGGAUCUGGUGGUGCAGGGCAUCCAAGAGCCCGUCCGCUUUGUGUUCGAAGCGAAGGCUAAAAUAGUGAACACGUCGGCCACAGACAAGUUCUGGAUCAACAUCCCGACCCUCUCGAAGGGCAAACCACUCCACGAACAGUUUCACGUACAGCUCAGGGAGAAGACCAAUUCGGAGCCCAACUCCCGCUUCGACGUCGUGUCCUGUUUCUCAGCCACACAACUGUCGCACCAGAGACACAAACUGGCGCUUCGGCUCCGACAUGAGGGUCAACAGGGAGGCGACCGACUGGAGGGGCACAGGAGUUCUGUCACGUCUUUGCCCACGCCGUCCAACGACGAGAGUGAGGACAAUGACGAACCGCUUCCCAGUGGGACCGGUGUUGUCAGCAAAGAGUGCUCCCAAACAGAACUCGAUGAUUAUCAUAAGUGUGUGUUUCUAUGGGAAGGUUGGUCUGAGUUACUGAACAAAUGGCACCAAAACCUGAGUCAACGGCCCAAACAGGUGCAGACACUCGUCAAACGGGGUAUACCUGAAGCGUUGAGAGGGGAGGUGUGGCAGCUGUUGGCCGGGUGUCAGGACGAGACCACUCUCAUGGAACAGUACAAAGUGUUGAUAAACAGGGAAUCGCCGUAUGAGAAGUACAUCGAAAGGGAUAUUAACCGCACGUUUCCGGCCCACGAAUUCUUCAAAGAGAGCGGGUCUUUAGGUCAGGACUCGCUGUUCAAAUUAUGCAAAGCCUAUUCAAACUACGACACGGAGAUCGGCUACUGUCAGGGCCUGUCGUUUCUGAUCGCAUCCCUACUGCUCCAUAUGCCCGAAGAGCAGGCGUUCUGUGUAUUAGUGAAGAUUAUGAACGAAUACGGUCUGAGAAAUCUGUUCCGCAACGGCUUCGAGGAAUUGCAGCUCAAGUUCUAUCAGUUGGAACGGGCGAUGGACAGCCUUAUGCCAGAGCUGUACUCGCAUUUCGCUGAUUUAGGUGUUGAGGCACACAUGUAUGCUUCGCAAUGGUUCCUAACGUUAUUUACGGCCAAAUUCCCGCUCCACGUGGUGUUCCCCAUUCUGGACCUGUUUUUGUUGGACCGAAUGGACACCAUCUUUCAGAUAGCACUGGCACUGCUGUCCAUCUCCAAGAAGGACUUACUGGCGCUCGACUUCGAGGGCGUUCUCAAGUAUUUUCGAGUAUCGCUUCCAAAGAAGUUUCGCACCGAAGAGAACGGAAAGUUUUUGCUGCGAACAGCCGUUGCCAUCAAAUUGAAGAAAUUAAAGAAAUACGAAAAAGAGUAUCAGAUAUGGAAAGAGUCGACAAAAGUGGAGAACCCUAUCGAUAGGCUGGAGAAGGAGAACAAGAGAUUAUUGGAAUCGUCUUUAAGACUGGAACAGGAAAACGACGAUUUGGCCCAAGAAUUGCUGACCACUUGUAACUCGAAAAUCAGAUUACGAUCCGAUUUGGACAAAGUGGAGGACAAGGCCGACACCCUGUCCACAGAACUCCUGACCACAAGAGGUCUUCUCGUGGAAGUGGAGGACGAGAAGAAGAGAUUAGAAGAUGAGGUCAAGUGUUUGAAAGAGAUGUGUCGCCGGGAGCUGGAAAGGGCUGAGAUGGAGAUCAGUCGAAACGCCAAAAUAAUCGUAGAAUACAAACAGAUUUGUUCACAAUUGCAGUCCCGGUUCGAGUCGGAACAGAGCUCUUCGCGCGAGUCGUUGUCGAAGAUGUUAGAAAAGGUGCGGAACUGCGAGCGAUGCGCCCAACUCUUCACCAACAAUGGCCCCAACAAAGAGAUUAAUGGCGACAAUAGCGAUGAUAAUAUGACCGAUGGUUCUGUCAAUGGGUCGCCCAAUCAGUUGCAGCUUAAGAUCGAUGAGUUGGAGACCGAGUUGGUGAAGGCAAAGGUGGCGCUCGUGGAGUCCGAGUGCAGGAAUGAGAUAUGA